AUGUCAACUACCACAGUGGUGCCAACGCCAUGUGCCAACUGGAAGGAUGGGGGUAGCGUCUGUUUUCGCGAGGGCACGCUUGUUUGCGGGGGCUGUAAGCUAAUCUUGUACUGCAGUCGUUAUUGUCAGGUAAAGCACUGGAGUGAGCACAAGAAUGAGUGCAAAUCUCCACUAAGAAAAACCACCUGGCUCCCGGCUUGGGACCGAGAACGACGAGAUCCUGCCUGGUCUCGCGGAGAGGCCGCUACUAACUUACAUAACACCUUUGGGCCGAAUAAGCACUUCUGGGGCAACACGCCGGCGAUGGACGUGCUCCAGUUACCGCGGAAUGAGGGGCCAGCCCACGAUAAGGAUGUAGAAGUCCUGUUCGCGGCAUCCGGAGAUGUGAGGAACGCUGUACAAACGAUUCGGAACCUGCCCCCUGAUUUUGAGCGCCAGGUCAAGAUGACAAUCAACGACAGGGAUUUUGAUGUCACGGCAAGGAACGCUGUGAUAUUGCUUCUGGCAUUGAGCUCAUUAGAGGAGGAAUCCGAUCAGAUCGACUUUGAAAGAUUAGCAGAAACGCUUAUCCACGUUUGGUACUCGGCCACCAUCACGAAAGACACGUUAUCUGAGCUGCAGUCGAGAGUCAAACCGCUUAUAAGCGACGUGUGCCAGCGAGCCGUCGAUAAGCAGCCAGGUAUCUUAAUAGGAAAAACAUGGACCUUCAAGUCAGGCAGUAGUCUCCUCCUGGUCUUAAAGAAGCAAGACUGGGCUCGGGUAAUGGAAUUCCUUGACGUGCCCGAAGAUCUAACCCUGGAGAAAGCUCGCAAGAUACGCCAGGCCAUUACUUUGGCACCCGAGCGGGAAGACUAUCGAGAUCGAUGGUACUUCAAAGAUGUAUCGCCCUCUAUGCGCGUCGCUAAGCAGCGGUAUCGAGAGGACGGCUUACUCCUGGCUUUUGGUCACCCGCGCAUCGGGUUUGACUAUCCUAAUCCGACCCUAUUCCAGACAGUAUUCCAAACAAUUUCCUCCUGGCCUCUGGACGAUAAAGCAGACCCCCUCGGUGGCUGGCCUCUCAGCGAGGUCAGAGCAACACCAAGUCGCAUUCCCGAAGACAUAUACGGAAAGCUAUUCUCCUAUCUCCGCGGCGUCUUCAGCGCCUUUCUCCGCCGUGUUGCGACUGGAAAAAUACACUUUGAGCUCUUCAACCUCAACGCGACAGAGCUGAUCCAACGCUUGGUGUUGGAGGAGGGCUCAUACGACAGGAUCGAGGCUUCCAACAUCUCAGAUACAUGCUGGCUAGGCACCCGCGAGACCCUGCGCUGCCUAUCGCCCCUUCUUAGGGCGCCGGCGGAAAAUCCUCACGCUACGCUUAUAACCGUGUAUUUAAACGCGGUGAUGGAGACCGUCCAGGGCAGCAACCGGGGGGGCAAGGAACUCGAUAUCGCGCGUAUCCGGAAAUAUCUGACCAAUGUCCAGGACAUCAGCCUCGUGAGCAAUCCGCAGGGUGCCGAGAUGUACCGGAUCUGGGACGCGCGGAGCUUCACGCUUGACGCGGAUAAGUUCUUCCGCGAGUACAUGGCUGCGAAUCAUUUCGAGGAUAUUGAGAAGGACUUGCAUGUCGCGAUGAAGGAGCAGAAUACGAUUGGCGACGCGUGGCCUACGGCUUUGAAGUUAUGCCCGGGACAGCCUGGGGCCCAGGAGGAAUUCGAUGAUGCUCUUGCGUCUUCUUGUACUGGCGUUGAACGCUAUGUUGAGUGGAAGAGGGUGGCGUAG